CUCAAAUCGAACAAGGACUCUUGCCUCUUAUUCAACCCAUUCCUAAUUAAAAGACGAAUUCACGCCAUAGAUACAAUCACUCCCUGUUCCACAAGCUAUGGUCCAGAACGUUAGCUAUAACGGGUACCCGGUCUUAAUAUCAAAGUCACGAUGCUGGCACUCAUCCAAAUUAGGCUAAUAAUCCUCUCUUUUACACCGACUCGGCCUGCAUCGAAUUCAAAUCCACAUGCAAGUAUUCCACAUAUACGUUCCGUUAGCCAGCAUGCUGAUAUAGCUCUAUCACACAACUCAAUUUCCGAUCUGAUAGUGAGCUGCACCUUCCAUCAUGGGUCUCUAUUAAGAACCUCUUUUGCAACGUCAACGGCAACGCCGCCCGCGCCCUCAUGAUCUCCUGAAUAUUAACUCACUACCGUCGC